AUGGCGAAGAGGAGAGCGGGAACGGAGACCGAGGCCGGUACAAAGAAACCGAGGCAGGUGCCGAAGACGAAGGGCAGCGCCGCUAAAGAGAGAGAGAAGAAGAAAGAUGCAGGUAACGGCAUCACAGAGAAAGAGGACACGCUUGAGAGGAAGGUCAAAGCCAAGAAACGUCGGUCCCCAAAACCACCAGAGAGAAACAACUCUCCCUCCAAGACCAGCAUCAAGACCAGCGCCAAGACCAGCGCCAAGACCAGCAUCAAGACCAGCAUCAAGACCAGCGCCAAGACCAGCACUGCUGCCAAAACCAGUAAAUACUUCCAGUCACCAGUGAAGCAGCUGGAGAUCGACAGUGAAGAUGAGUUUGACAUGGUGACAUCACCACCACCUGUGGUUAAAGUGAACGCCAAGAAACCAGAGAGAGAAGAGAAGGAGGAGGAGGAGGAGGAGGAGGAGGAGAUGGAGGAGGACAGUGAGGAAGACGAGGAUGAUUGGGAGGAAGUGGAAGAGCUGGCUGAGCCGCUGGGUCCAGUUGAACCUCCAGAACCCGUCCUCCCCUCGGAGCCCGUGGAGAUCGAGAUCGAGACUCCGGAGGUCAGACGGAAGCAGAAGAGAAAGGCGGAGUUUGAGACAUACCUGAGGAGGAUGAUGAACAGACACAAGAAAGACCUGCUGAUAGACACACACAAGGUUCACCUCAUGUGCCUCAUCGCCAGCGGGAUGUUUCGUAACCGUGUGUGCAGCGAACCCGACCUGCUGGCCAUCACUCUGUCGCUGCUGCCCCCCCACUUCGGCCUGGUUGCUAAGGAACGCAUCGACCACAACUACCUCUCUGGACUGCUCAGAUGGUUCAGAGCAACGUUCACCCUCAACCCCAGUCUUCCCUGUGAGGAGCGUCCGGACCCCCGGGCUCUGCUGGAGAGGCGGCUGGCCAGCCUGUCAGCCAGGACCCACCAGGAGAUGACUCAUCUCUUCCUGCUCGUCCUCAGGUCUCUGCAACUCUUCUGCCGAUUGGUUCUUUCUCUGCAGCCGAUCCCCUUCAAACCCCCGUCAGCCAAGGGCAAAGGGGCCACAACAUCGACCGCUGUCCCAGGAAAGAGCCAAGAGACCCCCAAGACCCCCUCCCCCGAGCCGAAGGUCUCUCCUGGCUCCAAGAGACCGGCCGGAGCGAAGGGAGAGCGGGGCGGAAAGAGAGCAAAGAGGAAAGACAUAAAGGAAGAGGAGGCGGAAGAGAAGGUUAAAACGUCAGGAGGACAGAGACCGAAGAACUCUAAACGCCGCAGUGUCGCCUCCAAGGUCAGCUACAGGGAGGAGAGCAACAGCGAGCAGGAGGAGUGGCUCAGCGACGAGGACGAGUUUCAGGCGAGUGAGGAAGAGAGUGAAGAUUCAGAGAGGGAGGAGAAAUCCACGAAGAAGAACAACAAGAAGACUGCAGCUCCAAAGAGAAGGAGUGGGGGAGGGACAAAACAGGUAAAAGCUGAGGGGGAGGAAGAGGAGGAUGGUGAUGAAGGAGAAGCAAAGCAAAAGAGCGGGAAGAAGAAGAAGAGGAGGGAGGGGCCUGGAGCGGACGAGUGGCUGGAGGUGUAUCUGGAGAAAACGUCCUCCUGGGUUUGCGUGGAUGUCGAGCACGGUGUCGGGAUGCCUCACCUCUGCUCCCAGAAUGCAACAGCACCGGUGACGUACGUGGUGUCAGUGGACGGGGACGGGUUUGUGAAGGACAUGGGGAGGAAGUACGACCCCACCUGGAUGACGUCGUCCAGGAAGAGGCGGGUGGACGACGACUGGUGGGAGGAAACACUCGAGCCGUUCCUGGGACCCGAGGAUGAGCGGGACGUACAGGAAGACAAGGAGCUGCAGAAGAAGCUCCUGAACAAACCUCUGCCCAUCUCCAUCACCGAGUACAAGAACCACCCGCUCUACGCCUUAAAGAGACACCUGCUGAAGUAUGAGGCCAUCUUCCCUCCAACAGCGUCUGUGUUGGGCUACUGCAGAGGAGAGCCGGUCUACUCCAGAGACUGUGUUCACACCCUCCACUCCAGAGACACGUGGCUGAAAGAAGCUCGGACUGUCAGACUCGGAGAAGAGCCGUACAAAAUGGUGAGGGGUUUCUCUAAUCGCUCCCGUAAAGCCAGGAUGAUGUCUGAGCAGAAGGACGAGAACGACCUGCCGCUGUUCGGAGAGUGGCAGACUGAAGAAUACCAACCUCCUGUCGCUGUGGACGGGAAGGUUCCCCGUAACGACUACGGUAACGUGUACCUGUUUAAGCCCUGUAUGUUACCGGUGGGCUGUGUUCACCUCAGGCUGCCCAACCUGCACCGUGUGGCCCGGAAGCUGGACCUGGACGCCGCCCCCGCCGUCACCGGCUUCGACUUCCACGGAGGAUACUCGCACGCUGUGACGGAUGGUUACAUCGUGUGUGAGGAGCACGAGGAGGUUCUCAGAGCGGCCUGGGUGGAAGAACAAGAGCUGCAGAAACAGAAGGAGAAGGAGAAAAAGGAAAAGAGGGCGAUCUCCAACUGGACUCUGCUGGUGAAAAGUCUCCUGAUCGGAGAGAGACUGAAACAGCGCUACGGUAAGAAGAACCAGGGGCUGGGGGGCCUCGCUCACGGAGACGAUGUCGGGGGUCUUUCAUCCGACGAGGAGGCGGCGGGUGAGGGUGGAGGCCCCGGAGCUAUGACCGCAUCUGAGACUCUGGCCAUGUCCUGGCCCCAGAACAGACAAGCUGAGGAGGACGGAGGGAGCGGCAGCGGCCUGAAGAAGAAGACGACCACGAAACGAGAGAAGAGAGGACAAGAGGAACAUCUGUUCCCCUUCGAAAAAGUGUGAAGUCAGAGAUCAGACACUAAACUCUCAUAGAGCUGUGAGACGUUCAUCACACUCUGCUGUCAGAAAACACUUGAUUUACUGCUGCUGAGAUCAACUCCUUCCAGACCUGAGAAGCACCGCGGAGCGUUUCCUUCAUUUCAUCUUUUAAUAGGCCUUAAAAAUAGGAAUUGUAAAAAAGAAGUUAUAAAUAAAUCGAUUGUCCAUUAAUUAAUACUUCAGAUUUCAAAAUGGGUUUACAUGAACGGCAUUAAACUCAUUGAAGAAACCAUUUCCAAAUACAUUUAUUAAUUCAUGAAUGAGUAAUAGAAUUUGAAAAACUAUUUGAAA